AUGACCGCCUGUAACUUUAGUGGACUGAGAGGCAUUUAUAUAUUUAUUAUAACGCUGCCGGUGCUGUCAAGCAGUAGCAGUACAACCGGGGCCGAGCCUGCUUUUCUCAUCAUAAGUAUCAAGAAGAUUGACGGGUCGCUGGUCAGCGUCACUAAAAAUGAGCGGGAUUUGGAGAGUACCUGGGUUUGGGCUGACGAGGAUUCAAGACUGGCAGGAUACGAGGACGAAUACCAGUUUGACAGACGACAUGCCACAGCUAGAGAAAUUAUACUGCAGGCAUGGGCUUCAGAACAGCCCUCUUUUCCUGUUGAGUUGCAGCAUUUCACCCAGUUUAUCACCACAAUUCUUACUCACUGCUCUAUGGAUCAAAGUUCAGAUAAGAAUCAGUCAACAUACUCUUCUGCUCAUUUAGAUGUUUUGUGUAUUAACUACUGGAAAGGCAAAAGUGGUUGUGUGGCCUACUCUUUCAGUCUGGAUGGGAAGGAUGCUGUGUUUUUAGACACAAUGUUGCAUCUAGGCUGCGAGGUAAAUCAGUUUGACCCCAGUAGUUGAGGGAGAUCUGGUGGUUCACUACUUGCAUCUGUCAAGAAUCAUCGGGCUUAGUUGGACUGGCGUAGCACAUGCAGUUACACACAGGCAGGUCACAUGAGUAAAAUAUAGCACAGGAUGGUUGACAUUAUGGAUUCCCUGGGCCACACCAUGGUAGAUGUCCUGUGUAUGGAUUUGGAGAGCGCUGCGCGCAUGUUAGAAAGCUGGAUUAAGGAUGGAACUCUCAAUGGGAUCAAUCAGCUCACUCUAACCAUUCAUCUGCAAUGGGCAGGGCUUGAGGUGAAAGGAUCUGAAGAGGAGGUGGUGCAUUUCUGGUACACUGUACUGAGAGCCAUCUGAGGCUCUUGACUUCAUCUCGUGCAUUCAACUCAUGGCCCAGGACAUGUAGUGCUGAGACACAAACCGGCUAACUAGUACAGCUCACAUACACUGAGCUGGAUAAGGACAAUGCCCAGAUAA